UCAGUUGAAGGAUUGGCAGAGAUGGGUGGAGGACACUGAAUGGAGGCAAGUAGAGGGAUUGGCAGAGAGGGGUGGAAGACACUGAAUAGAAGCCAGCAGAUGGAUUGGCAGAGAGGUAUGGAGAACACUGAAUGCAGGCCAGUGGAGGGAUUGGCAGAAGGGUGGAGGACACUGAAUGAAAGCCAGUGGAGGGAUUGGCAGAGAGGGGUGGAAGAUACUGAAUGGAGGCCAAUAGAGCGAUUGGCAGAAAGGGGUGGAGGACACUGGAUAGAGGCCAGUGGAGGAUUGGGAGAGAGGGGGGUGUAAAACACUGAAUGGAGGCCAGUGGAAGGAUUGGUUGACAGAGGUGGAGGACACUGAAAGGAGAUCAGUGGAAGGAUUGGCAGAGGGGUGGAGGACACUGGAUAAAGGCCAGUGGAGAGAUUGGCAGAGAGGGGUGCAGGACACUGAAUGGAGACCAGUGGAAGGAUUGGCAGAGAGUGGUGGAGGACACUGAAUGGAGGCCAGUGGAGAGAGAUUGGUUGAGAGAGGUGGAGGACACUGAAUGUAGGCCAGUGGAGGGAUUGGCAGAGGGGUGAAGGACACUGAACGUAGGCCAGUGG